AUGGUCAAUCUCGGGUACCAUCGGUGGCAAUCUACCAUUUACUGCAACAAAGAAAUCGUUCGUGCCCGAAUUGCUCAGUAUGCUGCCGCCAUCCACAACAAAGGGGCGCCCUUGCAGUCAGUGUGGCCGUUCCCUGAUGGCACCAAAGUCGAGUCCUGUCGUAUCAGCGCCAAUGCCAGUGGCGCAGGUAGCUGUCACGACGUCACUCUGCUGCGCGUGAGCAAAUUGCUCCAGUACUUCGAGGCAAACGAAGAAAUCUUUCGGGGGUAUUUCAUUUACGGUGACCCUGCCUACCCGAUCUCCAAAUGGAUCAUUUCUGGCUACAAAGGGGCGAAUCUGGACGAACACAAGGAUUUGUUCAACUCAUCGAUGAGUCGCGUUCGCAAAGGUGUCGAGUGA